CAGACGACGAGAGAGUGUUAUAAAAUAAUUUUGUAUAAUAUUCAGUGAAAAAGUGAUUAUUAUUCAUAUACAUAUGUAUAAAUAUAUGCGGAUACUCAUACAUGUCUAGAUAUACUUACGAUACAAGAGUAUUAUGUUUCAAAACCGUAUUUCAAACUAUCUGUGUGAGAUUUAAGAAACGUGUACCUUAGUAUAUAGUAAUGUCAUCCCCGCUAAGUUCAUAAAUCCACUUUGAAUACAGUACAGUCGAUGAUACCGAAGUAUAAAAAAUCACAACGGACACUCAAAGAAUACGAUGAAGCUCUUCUUACGUUUCGUGGCCGCGUUUAAGAACAGUACCUGCCUCGCAUACCAACCCUCUAACAGGGUGCUAUUACGUCAGGCUCAAACGACAGUCCAGACAAGGGCCAUGAGCAGCAAUGACGUCAAGUGGCUGAUGCCAGCUGACCGAGAAGCGACCAGUUUCCACGUCGCCUACGAGCACGGCACCAGGAAGGGCGUGUAUGGGAUGACGAUCAACACGACGAAGGCGCUGAAGGAGGAGGUGGUCAGGCUUGCCCUUCGUCACCUUGGGAGGAGGCACCCACCUCUUCGAAUAGGUCUCCAGCGACGGGAUGGCACCGUGUGGUUUUGUGAGCUAGAUGACAAUGGCCUGGACUUCAAGGUAGUCCACGACGGAGCAAGUAUAGUGGAGGAGAUCGAGAAGGUCAGUAAAGAAGGCCUUCAGAGCGCGAACCUACCCUCGUGGGUGCUCAGGCUCAUCCCCCGUGGUGAGGACGUCCCUUGCGCCGUCCCAGGUGCUAGGUCUCGCUUCCCACACCAGUACGAUGUCAUUUUCACAGGCCAUCACGCAAUAGCUGAUGGCCAGGGCGCCGUGAUGUUUGUCAUAUCGAUGUUGGAAGUGAUUAAUGACAUUAUGAAUGGGGACGCUAUCGAGGAAGAGGAAGAGGAAGGUGAGGCCUUUCAGAAGGACGAAAUCUGGGAAGUGGAAGCAGCCGUCAAGCAGAAGUUGGAGAAGGAUCCGCAGCGGCACGAAUUCGUCAAGCAGAGUAUCCCAUCUCCAAGCACGACCCCCUUAUUCCUUCAAGCUUUUCCUCGACCCACGGGCGUCACUCCGUCCACCAGACACGUAGCCCGCGCCGUCGAUGCCCACGUCACUGGGAAUUUGCAGAAAAAAUGCAAAAUCCACGGAGUCACUCUGAACAGCGUGAUUGUGGCCUCGCUCAACGUCGCCCUGAUGAGGCUGUUAAAGCAAGCUGGACUGUCUCAGCAGUCUUACACCAUCCGCAGCUGCCACGCCGUCAACUUAGGACGGUAUUUGAAACGAACGCCUCCUAGUGCUGUAGGUGGCUACGGCCUCCUGCUCUCCUACGCCGCAGACGUGGAUGCGAACGCCCAGGCAAGUUUCUGGCAAUACUGCAAGAAAAUCAACCAAGACCUGAAGGAAAGCCUGCGCUCGGGGCUCCCGCUGGAACAGAAGAUGCUGCGGCAGAUGAUGCACCCGAACACCUCUCCUGAAAAAGAGUUCCAGGCCGGGAUUCCUGUGGUUCACGACUUCGGUGUUACCAACGUGGGCAGCUUCCCCACCCUAGAACCAGGUCCCGAUGACAACAUCUUCGUUACCGACGUCGCCUCCUACAAUAUUCUUCACCAGUUCGUUCAUAUGAAUCUGUUCCAAGUCCUCACGUUCAGAGGUCGUUGCAUCUUCACCUUGAGUUACGCAACCGAUUAUAUUGCAGAUGAGACAGCGACUUCUUUUGCAGAUGAGCUGAUGUUGGUCCUGCAAGAAGUCAGUAACAUCUCGAAUUUAUAAUCCUAGGAUUUAUUUAUCGAUCUCUAUGUAUGUGGUCAAACUAUUGAAAGCUAAUGACCACGGUAAAUUGUUUGGGCACAGAAAAAAUAAGCAGUCAGAUUUUGUAUCUUUGUAAGCAUGUACAUUUCUUUGUGUAAAUAUAUAUACGUAAAUUACUAACA